AUGCAAUCAACUGACCCCGGCCUAAGGCGGAGGGGUUUGUGGCAAAUUUGCGCCUGUAAGGGUGACGGCUGCUGCCGAGGGGGACUGGACGAGCCACUCGCCGGUCAAUCAGACGUCCGCCUCUCGAUGGUGGGCCUGGCAGCGGAUAAAUGCUGGCCGGGCCAUCGGAUGGGACCACCUAUUUCCGCCAGGCUGCAAUACGUGACGCUUGCAUCGGAUGGCGUUGGUUGUCGUUUUGAUGUUGAGACAAAAGAAUCCCUUCUCCGACCCCACGUUUGUCCCCCUGCCACACUCACUUUCUGUCCGCCUCCGCGUCUGACUGUCCGUCUGUCCAUGUGUACAUCUCAUCUAAAUGUAUGCCUCCUUGUCAGCUUGCUUGGUUAUCCACUCGUCUGCCUGGCUACCUGCCUCCCUGUCUGUACUAAUGUCUAUCUGGCUGUUUGUCUGGCCGUCCGUCUACUUGUUUGUCUAUCUGCGUCUAACUCGUUUUUCAGACUUCCUUCCGUCCCCAUUACUUGUCUUCCUACACGCCUGUCUGCCUCCACUUGUCUAGUUGCUCGUAUUCCUUCCUGUCCAUAUAAAUAG